AUUGACGCGUCGCUGGGCCAACCGCAGCCGGGCUCACCUCAGGCCUGUCGGACGGUGCUUGCGCAGCGGGAUCCUCCGCGCUCUCUCUCUCUCUAUCUCCCCGCCGGCCGUGAGGGAAGGCAGCGGACCCAGCUCCCCCACCCCCCGGCCAUGCACGUCUCCUCCAGCCCCGGGUGAGCCAGCAGCCAUGUCCGCCAGCGGCUACACCGACCUGCGGGAGAAGCUGCAGUCCCUGUACCGGGACUCCCCGAAGGAGCCCGCCGCGAAGAAGCGGAAGCUGCCUGCCUCGGACACGGAGGAGGAGGAGGAGGAAGCGGCUGCAGUAACAGUAGCGGCGGCGGCCGCCGGGUCCGAGCCGCAGGAGGAGGCCGAGGAGGAGGAGGCCCGCAAGGUGCGCAGCGGCAUCCGCCAGCUCCGGCUCUUCUCCCCGGAGGAGUGCUCCCGCAUCGAGGCCCGCAUAGACGAGGUGGUGUCCCGGGCGGAUAAGGGCCUGUACCGGGAGCACACGGUGGACCGGGCCCCGCUCCGCAACAAGUACUUCUUCGGGGAGGGCUACACGUACGGCGCCCAGCUGCAGAAGCGCGGCCCGGGCCAGGAGCGCCUCUAUCCGAAGGGCGAGGUGGACGAGAUCCCGGCCUGGGUGCACGAUCUGGUGAUCCGCCGCCUGGUGGAGCGCCGCCUCAUCCCCGAGGGCUUCGUCAACAGCGCCGUCAUCAACGACUACCAGCCCGGCGGCUGCAUCGUCUCGCACGUGGACCCCAUCCACAUCUUCGAGCGGCCGAUCGUCUCCGUGUCCUUCUUCAGCGACUCGGCGCUCUGCUUCGGCUGCAAGUUCCAGUUCAAGCCCAUCCGGGUGUCCGAGCCCGUGCUCUUACUGCCGGUGCGCCGGGGCAGCGUCACCCUGCUCAGUGGUUAUGCAGCUGAUGAGAUCACACACUGCAUUCGGCCGCAGGAUAUCAAGGAGAGACGCGCUGUUGUAAUACUUAGAAAAACAAGAUCAGAGGCGCCGCGAUUGGAGAUAAAAUCUCUCGGUGGCGGUUACCAGCUUGAGCGACUAGCUGGAAGCAACAGACAACACAUCCUGAAACCAAAGCGGCCCCAUCGCAAGGCAGACCCAGACGCUGCUCACCGACCUCGCGUUCUCGAAAUGGAUAAAGAAGAAAACAGAAGAUCUGUCAUUUUACCAAAACCAAGGAGACGAAGCAACUUCAGUUCUGAGAACUAUUGGCGGAGACCUUAUGAUUACGUGGACACCUAUACAGAUACGGGGGAGGAUGAGGGAAGCCCGGCUCGAAAAGUUAAAAUGAGGCGACAUUGACGAACCCCCUCCACAGACUCUGGUCCCCAGUCGGUGGACUGUGGAACAGUUUUGUUUUCUUUUUUUGUUUUCCUCCUAUCCAUGGCUUAAAAUGUGCAUUUGAAGGCCCAGCUCAGUUCUGUCAUUUUAAAUCAAUGCAACGUGUUCUGGAUCCAGUUUUUUCUCACUGUCCAGUCUGGUUUUUUUUUUUUUCUGGUGUGUAACUGAGGUCAGGAGUCUUAAUGCCAGCAGGGGUCCCCCGAUAGCCUGUUCCAGAGAGGAACAGCCAGCAGGUAACCGUUAGCCCUGCAGCUUGUGCGACGGUACGUGGUCGUACUAAAGGAAAGGAUCAGUAUGUAAUAAAACGGGGGGGAAACGCCUCGCAAGGGACAGUUUGGUUUAGGAUAUUUUAAUAUUUUGUUUAGCACAGUUUUCUUAUUUUAUUUUGUUUCUGUCCCAGAAACUAGAGAAGGAAGACGUCACAGGUGUUAUAGGAUUGUGAUGACGACCGGUGCUUGCUUGCACCAUUCUGAGGCUGGGGCGGCUCGCCACAUCACCUUGCGCCCUCUUGUCCCACUUAUAUAAAAGGGUUAGGAUUUGUCUUUAAUGUUUUUCAGAUGAUUAAAUAUGCUACAAAGAAAUCCAGACGUUUUAUUUCUAGCAAAUAUAAGCACUAAUAAUAAAAUAUAUAAGCAGAUUUAUUUUAUUCUGUAUGGCCUCCAGUUGUCUGUAAAUGAUCAAAUUAAAUUCUGUUUUACUGAA